AUGUCUACAGAAUCUCCCAGCUCCACGUGUACUCACAGUGCCAACAGGUCCCUGACAACCACACCAGCCCCUCAGAUCUCCUCCCUACGCACCUGUGAACCUUCAGGGUCCUCCCUCCAGCAGAUGGUGCACUCAAAGUGUGAUGAGAGCAGUUCUGUGUCAUUUACCACUGCCCAGCGUGAGAAAGAAAGCGCCACCUACAGACAGAGAAAUGCCGCUGCAGAGACCUGCAGGAGGCACAGCAUUGAUGGAGCCAUGGUAACACAGAGUCAAAGGUCAAACUUAGGGUCAGUGUCAGCUGACCGCUUCCACCCCUACCAUCGUCAGUUCAGCAAUGGUGGGGUUGCCACGGGUUGCCUGGCCCCUGGUCCCCCUGGGUCUCAUCCCUUCAUCUGUCUCAGAGAGGUGGAUGCUCCAGAUAGCUUCACAGACACAUACACAUCUACCAGUGAGGAACAGACAUGCUGGGAUCCAUACAACGGGAGUUUCCAAGCUUCCAGACUGAUGCACUCUUACCCAGAACCACUGGCUGCACCCAAGGAACCUUCCUGCUUCCUGUCCCAAGGCUAUGCCUCCUACAGCCCGCUAGCCCCACUGAAGCAGUUCUCACCAGGUGUGUAUUCUACCAGUGGAAAAUCCAAAAGUUCUCAGUACUCUCUCCAGGGCCUCUCCACUCCAACCCAUCAAGACAGUAGCAUGCAGUCCCUCUUCCCCAAGCCCAUCUACUCAUACAGCAUUCUGAUCUUCAUGGCUCUGAGGAACAGUAAGACAGGGAGUCUCCCGGUUAGUGAGAUCUACAGGUUCAUGACUGAACACUUCCCCUACUUCAAGACGGCUCCAGAUGGAUGGAAGAACUCGGUCCGCCACAACCUGUCUCUGAAUAAGUGUUUUGAGAAGGUGGAGAAUAAGAUUGGCAACUCUUCCCGUAAGGGCUGCCUGUGGGCCCUCAACCCAGCCAAGAUAGAGAAGAUGCAGGAGGAGCUACACAAGUGGCGCCGUAAAGACCCCCUCACUGUCCGCAAGAGCAUGGCCAGACCAGAGGACCUGGAUCGCCUGUUGGGGGAAAGACCAGAGAAUCUGAAAUCUUUACCCUUUUACCACCAGACCCCACUGGCAAGAUCCACCACAAACUACGACCCUACCCCUUCCUCCUUCACUUCAUCCCAGCCUCCAGAGCCCUGUCGCCCUCUCCAACGUCCCCUCUACCUCCACGUCCCCCCUUCCACCCUGACAGUCAACCAGCACCCCCGCUACAUGUCCCCCACCACCCCCCACCCCUUCUCCUUCUACUCCCCCUGCGGACAGCAGCCUCCAUCAGGUAUCCCUCCCAAUGUGGGUACCUUGGGUUCCCCCUUGGCGGGGCAGACACCCUCCAGCUGUAGCGCCACCAUACAGGCAGAGUAUGACGUUGGGCCCAGGAGCAUGCAGGAGCUACAGCUAGAGGGAGAUGCUAGUAACGAUAUUGACAUGCUCAACCCCAGCUUGACUGACCUGCAACUCCACGGUUACUUGUGGGAGGAGCUGAGAGAGGACAGCCUGGCUCCUGAUUCGCUGGUGGCAAUCAGUCCCUCUCCGUCCCUCUCAUCUUCCCAGCCGACACACUUCCUCCUGGGGUCAAGUCUGAGGAGCACCUGUCCUGUCAACCAGACAUCAGAGUUGAUCUCUGUCGGUCUGGGGAAGGAAGAGGAGGAAGAUGAGGAGGAGAUGGACGGAGGAUGUGGAGGUCUAUCAGACCUACAUAUUAAUGGACAGUACCACACAGCCUACCCAGGACAACUCAAGACUGGGGUUGUGAAGGUCAAGACUUAUCACAAUGCAGCAAUGAAACAGUGA